AUGAGUAACACACAACAAAACGAUUCAACCAAUCAUGAAUUUACACCAACAAUAACAACAACAACAACAUCAAGUCGUUCACCACCUGAUAUUCUUGAGAAAUUCAGAUAUCAUCGUCAAGGUUCUAGUCUGAUGAUGCAUCACCAUCAAAAGAGAGAAAAGGAAAAUGAUGAUAUAGAUCUUGACCAACUAGAUGAUGAUGAUGACAAUCAUAAUAAGUGUUAUCAAUCUCCACCAAUACCUUAUUACUGUCCACCUAAAUCCUCCAAACCACCACAACAACCACCAUCAUCCUCAUUCAAACCUUUGUCGUCUCAGUCUACCAAUACACUCUCAUCAAUACCAAAGUCUACAACACCAAAUCAAUUAUAUUCCUCCUCUUACUCCUCCUCCUCCUCUUUUAAAACACCAAUUGCUGGUAACUCAUUGUCGUCAUCAAAGCAACAACAGAUCCCGAAAACCAAUCAAUCAAGCUCAAGUAGUAGUAUACUAGCCACCAAAAGCAAUCUAAAAACUCCAACCACCACCACCACCACUGCUAGUACAACAACAGGAAUGAUUGUUGCAUUGACUGAAAACAAAAAUAGAGAGAUUGGACUAGCUGCAUACAAUCCCAUCAACGGUUCUAUUGAACUCGGACAAUUCUGUGAUUCUCAAACUUAUGUUCAUCUCUAUACCAAAAUUUAUAUCUUUAAUGCUUCAACUAUUUUAACACCUCCAAUUAGUAAUGAAUCAGAGAUGAUUAAAAUGAUUACAUUGAAAUUUAGCAAUUUGAUGCCAACCACCAUACCAAGGAAAUUAUUUAAUGAAAACAAUGGAUUAUUGUUACUCAAACAAUAUGGUCUCCCCAACUGCAUGACACUAUUAGAGAAGCAAUUACAUUCAAAAUAUUUAGCUUUGGCCUCUUUUAAUGCUCUUGUUCAGUAUCUCGAUGGAAAUGAUGUUAGUUUUUCAAAUAAUUGUCUCAACAUUUUAUUCUCUGGUUCUGAAAGAACAAUGCAAAUUGAUGCUGAAACCAUUAAAAUUUUAGAAUUAAUUCGAAACAACUUGGAUGGAUCAAGAAAUGCAACCUUAUUUUCUUCAAUCAAUUUUUGUAAAACAUCCCAAGGUGAAAGAUUACUUAUUAGUAAUAUUACCCAACCAUUAACUGAUUUAGAAACCAUCAAAAUGAGACAAAAUUGUAUUAAAUUUAUAUUAAAAAAUGAGAAACAAUUUUUUGCCAUUAUUCCUAUACUCGGAAAGAUUGGUGAUUUGGAUCGAAUGUUGGUCAAAUUUACUCAAAAGAUUGAUUCUAGAAAAUUGGGAAUUAAAGCAAUUCAAUCAAAUAUUCACAAUAUCAUUCAAUUUAAAAAUUCAUUAGAGUUGAUACCAAGAUUGGCAAAUAUCUUAUCAAUAUUGAAUGAUCCUCUUCUCAGUGCUAUUUGCAAAAAUUUAUCAAACAAGACUAUUCAAUCAUCAAUGGAAGAAACCUUUAAAUAUAUCAAUGAACAUCCACCACCAGCCUCAAUCACCAAUACUAUCAAUCAAGGAAAAUCUACCAUUGCCAAUACUAUUGUAUCAUCUAUUAAACAAGGUGUUAAUGGACUUUUGGAUGUUUGUAAAAAAACAUAUUAUGAAUCUUUACAAGAUAUGAAUAAAUUAACUACAUACUAUCAAGAAGAAUAUAAUUUGAAUGGUCUAAAACUUCAACAUUCAACAUCAAAAGGAUUUUUCUUUUCAGUUCCAUGCAAAAACAAAGAUCUACUUCAUCUCCCAAACAUCUUUUUCUCUCAAACCUUUAAGAAUGCCAGAUGUAGCUUUUUAUCAAAUGACCUAUUGUCUCUGUCUCGAAGAAACAAAGAGGUUUUGGAGGAAAUUAUCCUAAUGACAUCAAUAUCGGUUGAAAAGUUAACAAACUUUUAUCGAGAGUUUUUGUCUGACCUUUUCAAUGUCUCACAAUCAAUAGCCCUCUUGGAUCUCUUAAUGUCACUUUCAACUUAUGUUACUUUUAAUGAUCAAUGUGUUUGUCCAGAAGUUUACAACAAAGGACCAUUGGCAAUUAAAAAAGGAUAUCACCCAACUCUAUUGGCAUUGGCAAGUUCCAAAAAAAAUCAAGAUAAUCGUCGUCAUAACCAUCCCAUUCCUAAUGAUACAAUUAUCAAUGAAACAUCAAAUUGUCAAAUCAUACAUGGACCAAAUAUGAGUGGAAAAACAACCUAUAUUCAACAAAUUGCUUUGCUCACUGUGAUGGCCCAUUUGGGAGGAUAUGUACCAUGUCAAUAUAUGGCGGUACCAGUGACUGAAAAGAUUGUAAGUAGAAUAGGUACAUCGGACAAUAUGCAAGGAAAUGCUAGUACAUUCAUGACAGAGAUGAAAGAAAUUGCCUACAUUUUGGAAAGUGCCAACGAGAAUUCAUUGGUUAUUAUCGAUGAACUUGGCAGAGGUACUUCAAAUACAGAUGGAUCAUCAAUAGCUUGGUCGAUUUGUGAAUCAAUUUCAAGAAUACAAUGUUAUACUCUCUUUAUCACCCAUUACAAAGAAUUAUUGUCGCUCUGUCAUUUCUAUGGAAACAUUAAAAAUUUCCAUUUAAACUUGAAAUAUACUUAUCAAAUUACAGAAGGUAUUUCCAACAAUACUAGUUAUGGUAUUGAUAUUGCAGAGAUGGCAAGUAUAGACAAUCAAAUUUGUCAAAAAGCCAGAUUGAUAAGAUCUCAAUUGGAUUCCUACCUGUCGACACCACCACACCCAUCCCAACCAACAACUCCAUUUGUUCAACAACAACAACCACAAUCCACCAACUUUGAAUUGGAAUAA